GUGGAAGCUAGAGCCUUGAGUUUCGAACAUGAUGCAUGCGAUCACAUACGAGAGUGUUGAAAUCAAAACGACAUCAUAUUAAAAAUAAUAAGUUAAAAUUAAAAUUGAGGAAUGCAGGGUGAGGGUGAAUGAGAGUUGAAAACUGAGAGGUGGGAUAAGGUUGUGAAUCAAAUUUUUGUUAUACUUCAAGAUGGCUGAAAUUCUAGAAGAUUUGAUAUCAGUUGAGGACCUGAAGGUGUUUGAGCAGAAGUACUACGAAGAGCUGCGCGCAGAGAAGGGCGCAGUCAGCGAGUCGACUCAGUUCCAGUACGCCUGCUGCCUGGUGCGCAGCGGGUACGCGGCAGAUGUACGCAAGGGCAUACAGAUGCUCAUCUCACUCCUGAAGACGCCCAGCGCCGGUGGCGGCGGGCAGGACGCCGCGCAGAGAGACUACCUGUACUUCCUGGCCGUGGGCUGCGCCAAAGUCAAGGAGUACGUGGAUUCGCUGAAGCACGUCCGUAAGCUGUUGGAGAUGGAACCGACCAACCGGCAGGCCAAAGAUCUGGAGAAGGUGGUACAGAAGAAGAUGGAGCGAGAGGCGUACAUGGGCGCGGCGGUAGCCGGCGGAGCGGUACUGGCGGUAGGUGGCAUUGUCGGCCUGGCGAUGGCGCUCACCAAGCGACACUAGUCGGCCGCGGUGAGAAACGAGAGUGCGUUCUACUGCCGACAGAUGGCAGGGUGGGCGCCUGUCAGCCGGCAUGCGCCGAGCAUUUCUGAAUGUGGCGAACGAGCAAACGACGUGAGAGCUGGUAUGUCUGAACGACUGGGUUGUGCUUGUACUCGGCUGCCGUUCAAUUUGAUGAUGUCUUUCGGCGAAGCACCGCUUUUCCGACCGCACUCAAUAACUGAAGGGGGAUGCUGGCCCUGAAAGCGCGACACGGGGCUUUAUGUGGUUUGGCCAGGUCGCGUUUUAAAUGCGAGGUACGGUUAAAGAUCUAUCGUGAGUGUUGUCAUAUUAUAUUUAUAGUCUUUGUAUGGUUUGUUCAGUUGUAUCAAUUAUGGAACAGCAUAUGUUACUGUACUGUGCUGUUCAAAUAUAAUUUUAGACAAU